GUGAGUUAAGUCAUCCAUGUAUGUGGCUCUCUGGCGCCGCUGCCCACCUACUCCAGUCUGACUUUCACUGGAAGUGAGAGGAGUGGUUGAAGGAAAGAAAGAGAUUAGGUGUUUGACUAACUUCUUAUUUGGUGUGCUUUUACGACAAGAUAUUUCAGGAUUUAACAGAGAUGGUGGAGGCCCACCAGGCAGUGGCGUUCCAGUUCACCAUCACCCCCGAGGGGAUUGGCCUGCGCCUUUCCUACCAGGCCCUGUCCCAGAUCUAUCUCUCUGGCCGGGCUCCUGGAAGAGGAGGAUCUGCCGCAUGAGGCUAAGGAGGACAUGAGCCCUGGGACCAUACGUCGGGACUGCCGGGCGUGGUGGCUCCUUGCUGUCCCCAGUCCGCCUGGCCUUGCUGCUGUUCUGCCUGCGGUUAUGGAACCGCCACCUGUCCCAGACCUGUUGUUUUUCAACUCUUAAUGAUUGGCUAUGAAAAGCCAACUGAAUAUUAUUCAUGAUUAUUAUUUGACCAUGCUUGUCACUUAUGAACAUUUUUGAACAUCUUGGCAUAGUUCUGUUAUAAUCUCCACCCGGCACAGCCAGAAGAGGACUGGCCACCCCUCAUAGCCUGGUUCCUCUCUAGGUUUCUUCCUAUGUUUUGGCCUUUCUAGGGAGUUUUUCCUAGCCACCGUGCUUCUACACCUGCAUUCUAGCUGUUUGGGGUUUUAGGCUGGGUCUCUGUACAGCACUUCGAGACAUUAGCUGAUGUACGAAGGGCUAUAUAAAAUAAACUUGAUUGAUUGAUAUAUGAAUGAGUGUUGGUACAGAACGGCAUAGGCAAGAUGCAGUAGAUGGUAUAGCGUACAGUCUAUACAUAUGAGAUGAGUAAUGUAGGGUAUGUAAACAUAAAGUGGCAUAGUUUAAAGUGGCUAGUGAUACAUGUAUUACAUAAAGAUGGCAAGAUGCAGUAGAUGAUAGAGUACAGUAUAUACAUAUACAUAUGAGAUGAGUAAUGUAGGAUAUGUAAACAUUAUAUUAAGUGGCAUUGUUAAUAUAAUGUUUAUAAUUUUCCAGGAUACAGUUUGUCAUUCUAUCAACUUCAUGUAAUUGUCAAUAGAAGCCUUUGACACUUAUGAAAUACUUGUUACUAUGGAAAACUGAAGUAUAAUUACAUCUGACAAAAAUGUCUAAAGACACUGAAGCAGCAAACUUUGUAAAUUAAUAUUUGUGUCAUUCUCAAAACUUUUGGACACGACUGUAGAUAGUCCAUAAAAAAUCAGCCGUUUCCAGCAACAAAAGUCAUUUACAACAUUUAACAAUGUCAACACUGUAUUUCUGAUCAAUUUGAUGUUAUUUUAAUUGACUUUUUUUUUGUUGCUUUUCUUUCAAAAACAAGGACAUUUCUAGGUGACCUCUAACUUUUGUGUGUGUGUGUGUAUAUAUAUAUAUAUACCAUAAGAUGCUGUUUUUCACUCUCUAUAUAUAUAUUUUUUAUAUCACCUUCUUUAUGGGUCGUUCACUAUUUCACCGUUAUAAAUUUUUACUACUUUCUUUACUUUUCCUCAGGUAACCAUAUCUUAUAUACUGACACUGUAUGUUUUUCUACUGGUCUUUAAGUAUCUUGUACACUGACCUUUACCUGUAUAUUUUCUACCAGUUCUACCAUUUCAUAUUCUAUAUACAGUAUAUUCAUACUGUGGCCUUCUUCUGUGGUGACAGAACAGGUUAAUCAAAGGGGUGUACCCCGCCAGCCCUUCCUCCUGGCUGUUUGUUGUCAUAGCACACCUGGACACCAUGUACACGCGCUCUGACCCCUCUGAAGGAUUCAAAUUGACCCCCACCAUUGAUUAUGUUAUUUGUUUUUUAUGUGCCAUUGUACUUAUGCUCACUGUAUAGCUGAAUAUUGAGGCCUCUGUCUGUGUCUAGCUCUCUGCCAAAACCCGCAGCCCCGUAUCUGUGAGAGAAGGUGAGAAAAGGGACUGAGGGCACAGAGCGACAGUCUAUGUUUCUCUGAAACAAGGGCAGAUUUGCAUGCCACUAAGACAGGUUCUCAGAAACCUCGUGUUAAGAAUAACUUGUUCUUUUAGCUGCACAUGCAGGGUUUGACAUGAGAUCAUACCAUAAGAUGCUGUUUUUCUUUUGUUCGGGGCAGAACUCAGGAGAGGCAUCAGUUGUAUGUCUGAUGUUUGAUCUUUGACUUCUGUCUACAGCUGUAUUCUAAUUAAAAUAUCUUAAUUUUAUAUAUGCACAUUUUGGGUGUUCCUUAUUUGUUAAGUAAAUAACGGAGCCCAGAAAAGUCAUUGCCAAAAUCCAGGAGCACCUGCCCAUCAGGUAACUAGCUAUAUCACUCACUACCUCUGCCUGUGAGGUAACUACAUCAUACACUGUACUAGGGAGGAAGAGUAGGAAGAAAGAGGCAUGUAGGGGGAGGGAGGGAGAUGGGGGAGGGGGGAUAGUUACUUUGUGUUGUAGAUGCUAUACACUUUGACUGACUGACCUCAGAUCAUGUUAACUAUUCUUCUUACUAUAAAGUCAUAUAAUAUAAAAUAAUGGCACAGAACUUACAAGCAUAUCUUGUCAGCUAAAUUAACCCGACUACAGCCUACGGCAUGGAGCAUAGCCAGAUAAUAUACAGUAAGCCAACGCAUAUUCUGUUCUUCUGAAAUACAUUUUCUUAAUAUCAUGUUUCUUUACACCUGACUAAAAUAAUGGAUUUAUUGUGAUGUUGUAUAUUACAUUGAUUUACUAGACUUAUAAAAUAAUGUAGACGUUUCAAAGGCGCGCAUCAGUGGCUUGUAUGCAUGGUAGUCUGGCGAUGCUUAACGUGAUUAUAUUAAUUAGCAGUCAAUUAUCACGAGACUGGCAGUCUUUUUCAUGACAAUAACCGGCUGGCAUGGGUAGGGCUCGUUCUUAAAAUUCAUGCGAGUACAGGGCUCUAAUCUUCUACAUUUGACCAGUAGAGGUCCCUAUAAUUACUUGUUUUUCUUUUAUCCAGUGAUAUUUUCUAGUCUUUCAGACUUACAGCCAUACUGACAACCAGUCUACUACAAUAAUGUAUUAAUUGUAUGUAUUCUCUCUCCUCUUCCCCCACCAGUAGACUUUCUCUGUGGGCUCAGGGCCAGACCAUGCUGUCAGUGCUGCUGUUCAGUACCCUGCUGUGGCUAUCUCUCAUCCUGACCCUGAGGUUCUGUCUCAAGCUGCUGCUCUCCUACCACCGCUGGAUGUUCGAGCAGCAUGGACACAUCACCACCACCACCAAAGUCUGGGUGUUCCUGGAGUCAGUGCGUCUGUUGCUGAGUGGUCCAGGGUUCGAACGCAUGACUGUGUUGUUGGCUCAGUUUGAGAACAGCUUGGGGAACAGGCUGCAGCGCUAUCUGAAGCUCAAAGCUCUGUGGGCUACCAACUAUGUGAGUGACUGGUGGGAGGAGUACAUCUACCUGAGAGGACGAGGCCCCAUCAUGUUCAACAACUACUAUGUCAUGGACUUUCUGUAUGUGACUCCCACGCCCAUCCAGGCAGCGAGGGCCGGCAGCACCGUCACUGCUCUGCUGCUCUACCGACGCAAGGUCAACAGUGAGCAGCUCAAACCUUCACCCUGGCCACAGAUGCCUUCCAACUGGGUUACACAGAGGACGGCCACAGUAAGGGAGAGGUGCAGCUCUCCACCCCCUCAGAGACUCACCUGGGACAUCCCUGUGGAGGUUCAGGAGCAGGUGUCCAUCUCUCUGUCUGUGGCACAGGCCCUAGCUGAGGAUGUGGACUGUCAUGUCUUCCCCUUCAGGGACUUUGGGAAGGGACGCAUCAAGAAGCUGAAGAUCAGCCCAGAUGCCUUCAUUCAGUUGGCUCUGCAGCUAGCUUACUACAGGGAUCGUAAGAUGUUCUGCCUCACCUACGAGGCCUCAAUGACACGGCUGUUCCGAGAGGGGAGGACUGAGACUGUAUGAUCCUGCUCCAAUGAGGGCUGUGCCUUUGUUUUGGCUGCCUGAUGAAGCAAAUUAAAAUGGGGUGUCACGCUCCUGACCUAUUUAUGUUAGUUUUUGUGUGUUAGUUGGUCAGGACGUGAGGUUGGGUGGGCAUUCUAUGUUAUCUGUUUCUAUGUUGGUUUUGGUUUGCCUGGUAUGGCUCUUGAUUAGAGGCAGGUGGUUUGCGUUUGCCUCUAAUUAAGAGUCAUAUUUAGGUAGGGCAUUCUCACUGUUUGUUUGUGGGUGAUUGUCUCCUGUGUCCGUAUGUCUGUUCGUACCACAUGGGACUGUAGCGUUUGUUUGUUUCGUUUCGUUUCGAUGUCGUCUGUUUUCCUGUACGUAAGUUUAUGUUUAGUUAUGUAAGUUUAUGUUCAGGUUGCGUCAACGUCGUUUUCUUAUUUUGUAGUUUGGAAAGUGUUUUGUUUCGUUUCGUGUGCCAUCGUAAUUUAUAAUAAAGAUGGCUUAUUUCCCUGA